AGACAAAGUGAGAGUGCAUAUUUGUUUUUGAUUCAGCAGUAAGGCAGUUAUAUAACCCUGGAAACGUUGGACUGGUUUUUAAAUCUGAUGAUGAAGCUGUCAGUGUUGCUGCUGUUGACCCUGCCGUCUCUGUCCUCAGCCGUUCUAAACAGCGUCCUGUUACUGGACCCAAGUCUGAAGGACAGGGUUCCUAACAUCACUGCUAACGAACCCACAAAUCAAGCUCUUCAAACUCCUGCUGAGAUUGAGAACGAGCUGGACCGGUCUUCCUCGUUCAACUUUGAUCAAACCAACCUGGAAUGGCAGACCUUUAACAGCUCUCUCCCCAAUGGAGCAAUUUCAAUCUACAACGGAUACGUUGGACGCACUGACUAUGUUUGCAAAUACGGCUCCUCGGCCGGCUUCUACAACCCUGACAAAGGUCCUUGCUGCUUCUACACCUCUGAUGGGAAAGAGUAUUGUGGCUCAUUCGUGUUUUGGUCCUUUGAGAUCCUGGUGAACAAAGACAACUUUGAGUUUAUGGAAUGGAAAGACGGCUCCUACGGUUCAGUGCCUCCGAAUUCAGUCAAGACUUGCACUGGCGAAGUAUAUGUUGGGAAGAACGAGUAUGGUCUUGGGAGGGUGGAUGUUAAAGAUAAGGUCUUCUACCUUCCCUGGAAAGGCUCUGAGUAUUGGUACAGAACCUACCAGGUCCUGACCUUUAACAAAGAUAUAUACACCGAGGACAUAUUUGAUGUUAAGUAUAAGACUGAUGGGGUUAAAAUCAUUGAAUAUCCUCCAGAGACCAUGGACAAGUCUUCCAUUACCAACCAUGAGAGCCAGUCAGUGAAAGGGACAGCCACCCUCUCAAAGACAAACCAAGUGGAGCACAGAUGGGACAUCAGCUUUUCCAUCACACUGGGCGUCAAGACUACUAUCACUGCUGGAAUCCCCGCAAUUUUCUCUACAGGUAUCGAGUUUAGCGCAGAGACAACCGUCCAGUUCACCAAGGGCACCACUUAUAUUGAGUCGAUCACCCACACUGUUUCUGUUGAGUGCACAGUUCCAUCAAACUACUCCUGCAGUAUCAGUAUGGUAGCAUAUAAGUACCGGGCAGACAUCCCUUACACUGCACGCCUCAGCCGCACCUACAGCAACGGGGAGACCACAUGGACGUCCAUCUCGGGGACCUACAAUAGUGUCCAAAUGGGAGAAAUCAAGGCUGUGGUAGAUCGCUGUGAACCUGUACCUGAUCCCAUCCCCGUCCCUGAAAGAAUGAUGGAAGAGGCUCCAUGAGGUAGUCUACAGUAUGUGACAUAUUGUAUAUUGGAUACCCGUAACAUUGCACUGAAAAGCUAAAAAAAUAAACUUGCUUUUAUGUUUUAUAUGCAAUAAAACUACUUGGCAUUUAACUAUUUCUUUAGUUUUUCAAUGAAUUGUUUUCCAAGUAACAAUUGAAAUUUAUGAAAAAUUAGCAUUUAAUAUUUCAUAGUUACAUGUAAGAAAAAACUGAUAUGCAAACUAAAUCUGUGUCACAAUCACUCAAAUAUUCAAUCAGCAUGCAUGUUAUAGACAGGAACAGCAGCAUGACAAAUAAAAGAACUACGGAUAAAUGGG